AGCAAAGAGCGGAUAUUCGGAUUGCUUGCAUAGGCGAUGGAAGUUUCCAGGUGACUGCUCAGGAUGUAUCCACAAUGCUGCGAUGUGGACAGAGGUCAACUUUGUCGAGCCUGAUAAACAAUGGUCCAUUGAAAUCCAUGAUGGGCCAUACAAUGUGAUCAAGAACUUGAAUUACACUGGGUUGCUCAUUGAAGCAAUUGAAACUGCAACAGGACCUAAGAAGGACUGCUUAUGCUUCAUUGAGGUGAUAGUUCACAAGGAUGAUACGAGCAAAGAGUUGCUUGAAUGGGGCUCCAGGGUCUCUGCUGCGCCGUCCUCCCAAUCCUCAGUAAACUUGCACCAUUUAACCCACAACUUAAAAGUAGCUAGGGUAAUGGUAGUUCUUUUCAGCGACGGAACAGGAGCGAUGGAAUUGAGGAAAUUCAGCAUCAGGAUCGGUUGGAUUGAUUGGGAUACGGGCUUUGCUACCGGGAAGCAAGGCUUCCGCUUUCAAGCUUCACCUCCCCAUUCUCACGAGUUGGAUCCGAACCAAGACCGGAAUGCU